GUGUCGGUGGAGGGGGUUGGGCCGCGUGGCGCGAGCGCAGCGCUACAUGAGCGUUAGUAAUGUCCGCCAUGUUGGCCAUGGCGUGGUGAGCCGGGGAGCGGCGGAGGACGAGACGAGCUGCGACCGACAGAGAGCGACCGAGACCCGGGCCUGCCCGGCUCAGUUCGCGCUACCACGGACCCGGAGCCGCCGCUGCACACGAGAACUCGCUCUGACCGACGCGGACUCCUCCAUCAGCGCCAAAUGUUCCUCCGAGUAGAUUGAUGCCGCGUCUUUUCCCGUGAAAAUGAGUAAAUUGUCGUUUCGGGCUCGGGCUCUGGAUGCUAGCAAGCCCCUGCCCGUUUUCCGCUGUGAAGAUUUGCCCGACCUGCACGAAUAUGCCUCUAUCAACCGGGCAGUGCCACAGAUGCCGACUGGGAUGGAAAAGGAGGAGGAAUCGGAGCACCAUCUUCAGCGUGCCAUUUCGGCGCAGCAGGUAUACGGCGAGAAGCGGGACAACAUGGUUAUCCCCGUCCCCGAGGCAGAGUGCAACAUCACGCACUACGAGUCCCUCUACCCCGGGGAGUUCAAAAUGCCAAAGCAGCUUAUUCACAUACAGCCUUUCAGUUUGGACACAGAACAGCCAGACUACGACUUGGACUCGGGAGAUGAGACGUUUGUGAAUAAGCUGAAGAAAAAGAUGGAAAUCACAGCUUUGCAGUUUGAAGAAAUGAUAGACCGCCUGGAAAAAGGCAGCGGACAGCAGUUUGUCACUCUUCAAGAGGCAAAACUACUGCUGAAGGAGGAUGACGAACUCAUCAAGGAAGUUUUUGACUACUGGAGUCGCAAGCGGAAAGUCAGCAAAAGUGGCUCCCUGAUCCCCAAUGUGAAGCAGGAGAAGAGGGACGGCUCGAGCACCAGUGACCCAUAUGUGGCCUUUCGCAGGCGGACGGAGAAAAUGCAGACUCGAAAGAACCGCAAGAAUGAUGAGGCCUCAUAUGAGAAGAUGCUGAAGCUGCGCCGUGACCUGAGCCGAGCCGUCACCAUUCUAGAGAUGAUCAAGAGGCGGGAGAAGAGCAAGCGAGAGCUGCUGCACCUCACGCUGGAGAUUGUGGAGAAGAGGAACACGAUGCCUGACUUUGGCUGUGAGGUGAUGGCUGAGGCCCUUGCACAGCGGGCACUUGUGAAGCCUAUGUACAGCAUCCCCAACAUUCCCCUAUCAAUUAACAACCAGUACAGACAUCAGGACCACUUGGACUUAAAGGACUAUAAAAAACCGGACAAGACUGAGGCAGUUGGACCGAAAAGGAGAUAUGAAAAGAAACCCAAGAUCCCCCAACUGUCAGCUCCUCUUCAUUCUGGUCCCUCAGUGUUCAAUCCCAAAGACCUCAACCAGUAUGAUUUUCCAAGCUCAGACGAGGAACCCUACUCACAGAUUCAUUCAGGGUCCUCUGAUGCUGAAGAGGAGAAUGACCCAGAUGGCUGCUAUGCGUUCAGGAGGAAGGCCGGCUGUCAGUACUACGCUUUCCGUCAGGACCAGGGUGGCAGCUGGCCCUGGGUGAGCCCACGAGAAGGUGGCCUGGGUAACCCCCGCUUCCGUUUCUGUCUGACCUCGUUGAACACACCACCACGCUGCAUUGGCUUAGCCCGGCGACGUGUUGGUCGAGGAGGCAGGAUUGUAUUUGACCGCACCCAUGCUGACCUGGACAGCCACAGUCGAGACCUGGUCUCCAGCACAGAACAAGAAUCGCGCACCUCUCAACUUCCAAGCUCUCCUCUACGCAACUCAAACGUCUGUACCUCAGAAAAGAAUACCUCGGACCCAUCCAGUUUCUCUCUUCACCCCCCUUCAUCAACCCAGACACCCGUGGACCUCAGUCAGAUUCUGUUGAACAUAAAAUCAUGCCGUUGGAGGCACUUCAGACCACGGACGCUCGCUCAUCAUCCCUCAGAUGGAGGGGAAUUGUCUUUGAGUGGAUUUAGGGAUUUAAGUCGAUCUCUGUCAGGACUUACCCGGACCUUGUCUUCAGGAUCUAGCUUGCAGAACCGCACUGGUCCAGCUCCUCCUCCAGUGAAGGUGUUCACCGCAGAGCAGUACCAGCAGCACCAGGAGCAACUGGCUCUCAUGCAGAAGCAGCAGCUGGAGCAGAGCAACCAGCAGCAACAAUCCACCAACUCUGGAGUCGUGGUCAACACACAGCCGCUGGUGUCGAAGACGCUGGACCAGGCCAGCGCUCAGUUUGCUGCUUCAGCGCUCAUCACCACAGACCAUCUGCUCAGCAAUAGGUCCAAGGAGGAGGUUCUUGCGAGUGGUGUCAACGGGGUGGUGACCGGAUCAGGUGUGUUCAAAGGGUUACAUCUGACCAGUCCGGCUCUCCACCAGACCAACCAGUCCACGCACACCUCCUCCUCCGCGCCCAAUUUCCUGCAGGCCUCCAUCAACUCCACCGCCCCUGCCCACGGCCCGACCACCCUCACCUCCACGCCCAGCGCCCACGCCACCGCUGCACUGGGACUCUUGGGCUGCAACGCCACCAGCAACACCAGUCCUGCUACCACUCAGGUCCUCAUCGCCAACAACAUCUGUCUGAGCGUCCCGUCGGCCGCCACCCUGGCGGGACGCCACCUCCCCCGGACCCUCGGCAAUGUGACACCGUCUGCCUUAAAGCUCUCCGCCGCCACCAACCUGCAGAUGCCCAAAGUCUCGGCAGCUUCUUCCAUCGACAUCGGCUCCAGGGAGAACCACGAGGAGGACAAGAGCGCCCUCAGCAGUAUAGCAGACAACACAGUGGCCAUGGAGGUGACGUAGCGGGCCGGCCAGGACCCGGCCAGCGCGCCGUAGCACCGGAAUGCAAAAGGGACCGCAGGACUCUGCUGCUCGCUCUCCUCCUCUCCCACUUUCUCAUCUUCUCUUUGGUUACUGUCAAAGGUUUUAAAAGUAAUCUGUAUAUUCUAAAAAAAAACAGAGGAAAAAAAAGGAUGAAAUGUGUACAGUGACGACAUAUUUGUAAUAUCCCGCGUGUAUAUACAUAUAUCUAUAACUUGAAUACAGAACUGUCCAUUUGUGAUGUUUUGCACUUCAAAGGAAAAAAAAAACGCAAAGCCAAGCGAGUAGUGGCGAGCGGCGUGGGAGCUGUACAGUGGAGUCACGUCACGUCACGUGCAUGGUGCGGCGCCUGCUGGUGGAGCUAUUUAUUGUGCCGUGUUUACAGCUUCUGUUCCUUCCGUUUGGAAUCCUCUUCAUUUGUACACUGUACCUUCGUUGGUUCCUGUGCUGUUGUAAAUGUUAGCUAGCUCCUUCGGUAUUUUUGCUAUUCCGUGGACACAGAGCAGGUUCCCUCCUUCCCCCCUCCCCAAAGGUUUUAUCUCGGGUCGCCACCGACCGUACACUACACGACUCGAGCGGCGGCGGCGGCGGCGGGCCGUUUCAGUCACGGCUUUUCAUGUGGGAUUUUGGCAAUGACGUGUGAAUGUAGUAGCUGCCGUGUGGGGGGGAAACAAGCCGCACGACUUGGCGAAAACUCCAGAGAAGCGAGCGUGACGCAGGCGCCGAGACAGGGUGGAGGCAGUGACGCAGCUCCCACCAUCGCAACUGUUGAAUCUCUUCAUUUGAAAUUGCAGCUUAAAGAGCUGCUGGAAAGCAGGCGUGAGGAAGACAAGUGAAGUGAGGGUCAUGAUGAAAUGGGGAAAAAAAAAAAAAAGCUCUAGAAAGUUGAGGAGCUCCAGUUGCUGACGCGACGCUCCCUGGUGGACGCCGGCGUUAUUGCGACGUGUGCUCAGUCUCGUAGUGUAUGUGAGGAGCCCCCAACACGCUCACCCGCGCCCUCCCACCGGGAGGCUUCAGCUAACCAUCCUGAACCAGAGUUCCCGAACAGGGUUGGAGUCUCUACCCAGAAGCCUUGGCUGCUUCUGAUUAAAAGCACUAUUUUUUUUUUUUUUCGCUGAAUCUCCUCGAUGGUUUUGAUAAAUGCUGCUUUUGUAUUCGGUCUGGGGGUCAUUUUUAUGACCCCGCUGAUAUUGUUUUUUUUUUUUGUUUUUAAGACUUAUUUUUGUAUUCUGUUUCUUGUGGUAACGUUGACAGUGAAAUUGGGUUCAUUGACUUCAUCCUUGUGUUGCGUGUCGGUGAUGAGGGAGGUGAGCGGGCCGUCGUCGUGUUUUAUCAUUCCACUUUUUAAAAAAGAAAACAUGUCAAAGAAGGGACGGAGCCAUCGCCAGGGAACUCCGCUCCUCGUUUUUUAAUUCUCUUUUGGUUUCAAGUGGAAAAAAAAAAACCAACAAGAAUCUCCAGAUGGCUGCGAGGCCAACAACCACAAGAAUUGGGUGCCUUCCUUUGGGGGAAGAAUUGUUCUCUCUUCUGUGAAGAGUCGGGCACAAAGGCAGCGUUACUUAGUAGUGCUUGGGCUCUUUGUGGAUCUGAUGCCCGCUCGGUCCAAUGGCAGGAUUUGUCCUUGAGGGUUACUUGUCCCACCUGGAGGCUGAAAAGACGAAAACAAAUGUGACGGAUCUCACUAAAAUAAGACAAUAAAGCCCAGGGCAUUAAAUGUGAA